GGAAGAUAGUUCAAGAUCAGAUCAUCGCAUUCAUUACUUAAUAAUAAGUCGAACGUUCCUUUGAGAAUUUUUUUAUUGUGUCUUUGUUUUGAAAAAAAAAAAACGUUCUUUGUAUCGAUAUAUACAUUAAUAGCGCUCCUUCAACCUGUUUCUCUCUUGUUCAACAGUUGAAAAGAUCCCGAUAUACAGUCAUUACAUCCUGUCUUGAUCUGCGCAUCUAAUCAAAUCAACCUUCCAACAUGCCUAAAUACGGAGCCCUUGGCGCAACUUUCAUGAUCGCCCGGAUCAUCCAGGCCUGCUGUCUUAUUGCUAUCAUCGGAUUGACGGCCAACUUCAUCGCAGAGAUUGUGAACAGUGACCUCACUCCUCCUGGCAUCUUUAUCGGGACAAUUACAGUGACCUGCAUAGCUGUAAUCUACUGCAUAAUCACCGCGAUUCUUUUCUUCGACAACAUCCUCCCCUUCCUAGCUUCCGCCAUUGCUGACUUCCUCCUCCUCAUCGCCGUCAUUGUUGUGGCUGUCAUCAUCGGAAAACCACUGUCAUAUCUGCAAUGUGAUAAGAUUGCUGAGAUUACCGACAAGAUUUCCAGCGCCUAUGCCUUCGCCACGAAACUGAGUAGCUAUCUAUCCCAUCUGAACGGAACGUUGCAGUACGGGACUUUGAUCGGCGCCAGUAAGGGGGUUUGUUUGGAGGCGAAGAGUAUUUGGGGGUUGAGUAUUGCUUUGUGUAUCAUGUUCCUUUUCUCGACGAUCUGCUGCAUCUGUCUCUGGAAGCAGAAGAAGGCGAGUGGGACGGAGAAGUUGGAUGGCUAGGCCGUUUCGGUAUGAAUAAUGUGUAUCGGUUAUGGGAAGGUUGAUGUUAAUGUGGUCGGCGGGUAUUCUCGAAGCGUCGCAUUAUGAAGUAAUAUUUUUUUUUUCCCUUCUGUAAUUUUUGCUUUGUCUUUUGCAUAUUGGUAAUGUUUGCCCUAAUACUCUCCAUUCCCUGAGGUUCUCAAGCUUUCUGCCUGUCUGUCUGUCUGUCUGUCUGUUUCUUUCUUUUUCUGUCAUAUUCUGCUCCAUAUAUGUCUUUCAUUCCAUUGUACG